AUGGAAAUGACAGGGCUAAACGUAUUCUAGGAUCAGAUUCUCGAAAUUGCAUGUGUCUUGACUGAUUUUAAAUUAGAAACAAUAAUUAAGGGACCACAUCUUGUUAUUCAUGCGGAUAAUUAGGUUUUAGAAGGAAUGGAUUAGUGGUGCACGAAGACUCACAAAGCCUCAGGAUUAUAUGAAGAAUCGCUGAAAUCCACUCUGAAUGUGUAAUAAGCAGAGGAAUAAAUACUCAAUUUUUUAAAUUAAAAUAAUAUACCUCCAAAAGUAUUACCUUUAGCAGGAAACUCAGUAUACAUGGAUCGUUUGUUUGUAAUGAAGAAUAUGCCUAAGUUGGACCAGUUUUUGCAUUAUCGGAUUGUAGAUGUUUCCUCUGUACAGUUAUUGUGUAGGAGAUUGAAUCCUUAUGUUUGCAAUCACUAACCAUAGAAGAAACUGAAUCAUAGGGCAUUGGAUGAUAUUCUAGAGAGUAUUGAGGAAUUGAGAUAUUAUUAAAAGAAAUUUUUGAUUUGCUAACAACUUCCAAUUUGA